AUGGCACAUUUUACUGCCUCAUAUGGUCAGGGCGACAACAACGACUGGCUCAACGACUUGUUUAGAGACAUAGCCCAAACCACAGAGCACAACAUUGACGAUGGCAACCGUGAUCGAAACUCGCGAAUUAGCAUUAGACGCAGCAGAACAGUUUUAUCUACUCGAUCGGCAAACUCACCAUUCGAGGCCUUGUCGCGUUUCAAGAGCCCUGAUCGAAGUGAGCCUCCAGCAACUAAUGAGAGUGUGAAGGCUUUGUUACCUUGUACUCCCUCGAGACCUGUCUCAGGCGUGUCGACAAGACUAUCGGCCGACUGCCAUGAUAGAACCAGUAUAGGAUCACCAAUAUCGAGGCUGUCAUCCAAUCUUCCUCCAUCUACUAUAGCCUUUGAUAGCAAGUCAAGCAGCAGUGGGACGAAGCACUUAAUUCCUCGCCCUGCGGCGACUCACCACCGACAGCAAUCCUUCAGUACCCGUCUCUCCACAAUUUCGUCGUCCAGCUCGAUAGCUUCUGAUUUCUCCGGCUUUGCACCUCAUCCAGGUGUCCGACCACUAGCCAUUACCGAGGACAGAUCAGUCCUGGGCAAAGCAGCUGGUCCUACAGAUGACGACCACGAGUACCCGGGUCCUUUGCCUCUAGCAUUGAUCAUCGUCGGUAUCUGCUUGUCAGUCUUUCUCAUCUCUCUCGAUCGUAACAUCAUCACAACGGCAAUACCAGAAAUUACUGCUCGGUUUCAUUCAUACGACGAUAUAGGAUGGUAUGGCAGCGCCUACCUGCUCACCGCGUCAGCUUUCCAACCCCUCUACGGGAGAAUUUAUAUGUCAUUCGACACAAAACAGUCUUUUCUCUAUGCUGUCGGCGUAUUCGAAAUUGGUUCAUUGAUCUGUGGCAUCUCUCCCUCAUCGAAGGUCCUCAUCAUCGGUCGUGCUAUUCAAGGCGUGGGUUCAGCAGGCAUUCUGACUGGUUCUUUCGUGGUUGGUACGCACUCGGUCAGGCUGCAGGCUCGUCCUAUCCUGUUCGCUUUCGUUGGCAUUCUUUAUGGAGUUGGUGCCCUGUGCGGACCUCUCCUUGGAGGCGUCUUCACAGACCUUAUCUCUUGGCGCUGGUGCUUCUACAUCAACCUCCCUGUCGGAGGCAUUACGUUCCUUUCUGUUCUCAUCUUUUUCACAUCACAAAAACACGACUCUUCUAUUGUAAGCAUACCCUUCACGAAGAGGGUCCUUGCUCUUGACUGGAUCGGCAAUCUCAUUCUUCUUGGAGCCUGCACAAUGCUCUUUUUGGCACUGCAAUUUUCUGAAGAACGCCACUCGUGGUCUAGCGCCCGCUGCAUUGGCCUCAUCUGUGGCUUCGGUGUUACAGCAAUGGUUUUCGUUGCCUGGAUGUUUCACAAGGGCACAGCGGCUCUUAUUCCUGUUCAUGUGAUCCGCCAACGAACAGUCGCUGCCUCUUGUGGAGCAGCCUUUUUCAUAUAUGGUGCUCUCCUUCUUCAUUCAUACUAUCUACCUAUCUGGUUUCAGGCUGUCAAGGGCGCUUCAGCAAUCGGCUCCGGUGUGAAUAUGAUCCCCUACAUGGUCGUCAACGCCUUCUUCUCGCUGUUUGCAGGCAUCUUCGUCUCCAAGAACGGUCUGUUUGCGCCUCCUGCUAUCAUUGGCUGUGCCAUUGGCACUGUCGGUGCAGGUCUUCUUGCCACCCUCCAACCCAACACUUCCACCGCCACCUGGGUCGGAUUUGAGGUACUUAUCUCUGCAGGCCUAGGCAUGGCUAUUCAGCAAGGUUUCAGUGCCGUUCAAACCGUCUUGCCUUUGAAAGAAGUUCCCAUCGGUACGGCUGCUGUCGUGGCCUGCCAAUCUGCAGGUGGUGCCAUCUUCGUGUCUAUUGGCAAUACGCUUCUACAAAAUCACUUGCUAGAUGAGAACAAUGCAAACGCGAUCCCUGGUGUUAAUAUCAGAUCAAUAAUCGAGCUUGGUACGAUACGGUUUCGUGCUGUUGUACCUGCGGCUGAUCUACCCGCAUUGAUCAACUUGUACAACGACGCGUUGCAAGCUGCCUUAAUUGCGGCAGUUCCAUUGUGUGGCUGUGCGUUUCUCUGCUCUCUAUGCAUGGAGUGGAAGAGUUUGAAGAGAAAAGCUGUAGGUGAGCCUGUGGACACAGAGUCGAAUGCAGCGAAGGUCAGUGAGAAAAGAGAAGAUGCAGACUCAGGAGUGAACGGGAAUACCGACAGCACGACGAUCAGUAGUGCUGCAACGCUCGGUGGUGAUGGGCAUGAUGACUAUGAGAAGCCGAAACCGAGCUUUAGUGGCAUUCGAUCCAUUAAGAGGUUCUCGAGAGGAUCAGAGAAGAGUUCGAAGAGGUAG